AUGGAAAGCCUGCGCGAGCUCACCGGCCUGAACCCGCACGAUUUGGUCUCGGAGGAGGACCUGGUGCUGGUCAAGCCCCACGAGCCCCUGCCGUGGCUCGAGCCUCUUCCCAACGGGGUCAGCGUCCACCGCGACGGGACUUACCUGCGCCUGAGUAGAGACGCGCUGGUGGCUCGACACAAGGCAGGAUGUCUGGGCAAGAUGAGCGCCCAGGUCGCGGUGUUUGCGGGCUGUCCCCGCUUUUGCUGCUCGAGUCGCUUCCAGGAGGCCGCGGCGCAGCUGUGCUCACGCGCCGCCACCGUGGUUCUGGUUCACAACUUGAAUGCCCUGCCAGAUCUGGUCGCCCUGUUCCCGUCGGCAGACGCCCUCUACCUGCUGCACGACGUCGCAGUGCACCAGCACUGGAAGCCCUCCAAGGAGGACGACGGGAUACCGCAACAGCGCCCUCUAGCCGACGGCGAGCUGGGUGACCAUGUGAAAAUUGGUAACCGGUAUCUAUCAGGUAUGCAACUGGAUCCCGUCCAGCUAGUUUAA